AAAUAAUAAAAAAUUAUUAACACAAAAAAAUAAACAAUAAGCUCACCAAAUACUUUUUUUGUGAACAAGUUCCAAUAAAUCAUAAAACUGAGAUCAGACGAGGCAGCGCCGGGCUUCAGCUCGGCCUCUCCCUGGCCAACGCUCGAAUUCGAAUGGGGUCGAAAGCUAUACCCAUCGACAGGUCCUCGUGGCACGGGCGGCCUAAUGUUCGGUUUGCCACCCACUGGAGGAGACCUCAAUCAACCACGCGGUCCCGUUACAUCGCUCAAAGAAGAACCGCUUGGGGCACGAGCCUGGAUGCAACCUGUCGAUCAAUCAAAUCUCGGAAUCGGACGUGCUCACUUCGAGAAGCAACCACCCAGUAAUCUAAGAAAAUCAAACUUUUUCCAUUUUGUGAUAGCCUUAUACGAUAGAGCCGGACAACCGAUCGAGAUUGAGCGCACAGCUUUCCUGGGAUUCAUCGAAAAGGAUUCAGAAUCAGAAGGUCAAAAAACAAACAAUGGAAUACAAUAUAGACUACAAUUGUUGUAUGCUAAUGGAAUUCGUCAAGAACAAGAUAUCUUUGUGAGACUCAUCGACUCCGUCACUAAGCAGGCCAUCAUCUACGAGGGACAGGACAAAAAUCCCGAAAUGUGUCGCGUAUUGCUGACACACGAAGUCAUGUGCAGUCGAUGUUGCGACAAAAAGAGUUGCGGAAAUCGUAAUGAAACGCCAUCGGAUCCGGUUAUCAUUGAUAGAUUUUUCUUGAAAUUUUUCCUCAAAUGUAAUCAAAAUUGCUUGAAAAACGCCGGAAAUCCACGUGAUAUGAGACGAUUCCAAGUAGUGAUAGCGACACAAGUCACCGUUGAGGGACCCCUUCUCGCCAUCUCGGACAACAUGUUUGUGCAUAACAACUCGAAGCACGGACGUCGCGCGAAACGCAUGGAUCCCGAAGGCAUUUAUCCACCAUUACCUAUGGCAACGCCUUGCAUCAAAGCAAUUUCGCCGAGCGAGGGAUGGACAAGUGGCGGUGCACAAGUUAUAAUUGUCGGCGAUAAUUUCUUCGAUGGAUUGCAAGUUGUCUUCGGCACGAUGCUUGUGUGGAGUGAGCUGAUAACCUCACAUGCGAUUCGUGUGCAAACACCACCUCGUCACAUUCCGGGCGUCGUUGAAGUAACUUUAUCCUACAAAAGCAAACAAUUUUGCAAGGGAUCACCCGGGCGCUUUGUCUAUGUUUCUCUCAACGAACCAACGAUCGACUACGGUUUCCAACGACUUCAGAAACUGAUUCCACGUCAUCCGGGCGAUCCGGAAAAAUUACCCAAAGAAAUUAUUCUGAAGCGUGCUGCAGAUCUCGCGGAAGCUCUGUACUCGAUGCCACGUUCGCCGGGCGGAUCGGGCAGUUUCAACUCGUACACGGGCCAGUUAGCGGUCAGCGUUUCGUCGGAAGGUCAAUGGAACGAAGGCGAUGAAUAUACGCGAGCGCAAAGUAGUAGUGUGAGUCCACGAGGAGGAUAUUGCAGCAGUGCCUCGACACCGCAUUCGUCGGGCGGCGGAUCCUAUGGCAGCGGCAACGGCUACGGACCAACACCAAAUAUGACGUCAUUACCAUCGUCGCCAGCGAGCGUUUUCAAUUCGGCAUCAACACUGCAUUGGGCACCAACAUUUGGUUUUUAGGAUACGUACAAUUUAACGGUUGCUGCCACUUCCACG